AUGAAAGCCGCUGUAAGAUCCGUGUAUGUAAUGAAUUAUCAAAGACUCAAAUAGAGUGGAAGGAAAGAAAGUGUUGACAUGAGAGGUUUGCGAAAAGUACGAUGUAGCAGAGUGUCGUAAUUGGUCGACUUCAUUUUGAAAAAUUUCUCAAAAGGUUACACAGACACACAGGUCAAGGUUCGAAAUGCCACCACAAAUGAUGCAUGGGGACCGAGUGGUAGUGCCAUGGCAGAAAUUGCUGCUUUGACAUUUGACCAAAAUGAAAUGUUAGAGGUAAUGGACAUCAUCGACCGUCGGUUGAAUGAUAAAGGAAAAAACUGGAGACACGUCUUUAAAUCCUUGUCUCUUCUGGAGUAUUGUCUGCACAGUGGAUCCGAAAAUGUCGUUCGCUGGGCCAAGGACAAUAUAUAUGUUAUUACAACGUUGCGGGAGUUCGUCUAUGUCGAUGAACAUGGACAUGACCAGGGUCAAAAUGUCCGCAGCAAGGCGAAGGAAAUUAGCGCACUCUUAGCCGAUGACGACGCUUUACGUGAAGCACGUCGAAAUCGUGAUAAUAUGCAAUCUCGUCUCCGUAAUGACAGCGUGAGUCCUCCUCCUUUUGAAGAAUCUCGUUAUUCGCGCGCUCCCAGUCGCUUUGAUGAUGACGAUGAAGAUCGUUCUCGUUCCAGACAUCGUAGUCGAUCACGUCGUCCUUCUGCUCGCUCACGCUCCCGUCGUAGUCGUAGACCUUCACCUAGUAGCGAUCAAGAGGAUGAUUCCGAGCUUCGCCGAGUGAUCGAAGAAUCCAAGCGACAGGCCGAGGAAGAUGCUCGUAGGCGUUCAGUGAAUAACAAUUCUGAAGCUGAUCUUCAAAAAGCAAUCCAACUUUCAAAGGAAGAGGAAGAAGCUAGACAAAGACACGAACGCGAACGUGAGCAGCAAUCGUCCGUCACGCCUGCUUUUCAGCCUGUUGAUUUUUUUGGCAACCCUGUUCAACCUCAACCCACUGGCUUUUUACAACAGCAACCGACCGGUUUUAUACGUCCGCAAAGUACCGGUUUUGUUCAGCCACAACCUACUGGGUUUGUUUAUCCACAAAAUACUGGGUACGUUCAGCCUCAGCGCACCGGGGGUUUCCCUCAAAAUCCUGGCAUGAUGCGUCCUCAAAACACUGGCUUCAUGCAACCGCAAUCUACCGGAUUUAUGCAACCACAACGCACCGGGUUUGCUCAGCCAUUUGAUUCUAAUAAUCCCUUCCCAUUUAUGCAACCUCAACGUACGGGUUUUACGCCUCCUCAGGCCGUUCAACCUAUGCCGCCCAAUCACACUGGUUAUGUUCAACCUAUGCCACCUAAUCAUACUGGUUAUGUUCAACCUAUGCCACCUAAUCAUACUGGUUAUAUUCAGCCUCAGAGCACAGGGUUUCGUCCGCAGAAUACGGGAUUUAAUGCAAAUAAUCCCUACUCUCGUCCUCUGCAAACUCAGCCUACGGGCUUUAUGAAACCACAAGUAACACAGCCUCAACCGCAAUCACAACCUCAAUUGGAAACCACGAAAACUGGAUCCAAUAAUCCAUUCGCGCAAUUCGCCAAAUUGCCUUCCCAACCAACUGCUCCUGUGAAUGCUAAACCCGUAAAACCUGUACGAACUGGAGAUGAUAAACAUGCCAAUAUUGCUCAAGCCAUAGCAUCUGGUAAUCCUAUGGGUAUUGAUAGUUUUGGUAAUGUUGGUCUUGCUCGAUUACCUACACAGCACACUGGCUCAAGAUUCACGAACAGUGCCGGUCAAACGAUCCAGUCGCAAGCUACUGGAAAUACACUCAAUCCUUUCCAUACUCAACCUACUGGGGCUCAGCAACCUAUGUAUUCGUAUCCACAGAAUAUGAUUAAUGGAAACUCGCAACAAAAUAUGCAGCAACAAUCUAUGCAACCUCAAGUUGGUUCGCUCAUUGAUUUAUAAUUUUAAUCCCUC